CAACAACCCGAAACAUACAAAUCUGGUUGAAUGUCCUGGGGUGUAAGUCAGUCUAUACUUCAGGCAGAUACAGUCUGCAGCCUGGGCUAAGGUUAGCUGUAGGCCUCGGUGACCAGGAAGCCUCCAGGCUGAUCAGACCCGAGGAGCAAUGAAACUCACCUGUGCCUUUCUGCUGCUGGCAGCCAUCACCCUAUCAGAGCCAUAUUGCUUCUUUUUUGAUCACGAGGAAACUGAUGAUCCAAGUGUCAAGUGCAAGGACUCGAGUGACGGGAGCUACCAUGCCAUCGGGGACAGUUGGAGGAACAGCCAGUGUGAGGACUGUGGCUGUGGUGCUAACUUUGGCCGUUGCUGUGCGGCAAUGGCCAGGCCAAUUGCCCCGGAGAAUUGCGAGGUGAAGCUUGACCUACAGAGAUGUCAGUACACCGUCUACAGAAAGGAUGAUCCCUCAAUUCCCUGCCAAGCAAUGGCAUCUGUCGGGAAAUGAGAUCCAAACAGCUGGAUUGUGGCGGGUGAUCGAGGCGGGCGACUGGAUCUCCUGCUUCCACCGAGGAGGAGCCGGGUUGGUGUGUAUGUGUGUCCCACUGCCCUUACCGCCCCCUCACUAAGUCACUAUAAAAGCCAUUGCAUUCUGAA